CUAUGGGGAUUGUUGCGCAUGCGCAUUCUGGUGGUGGGGAUUUCCAACGGAACGUAAAGCUGGCGGCGUUGGACACGUCGGCUUCACCUCACACUCCUCUGCACCAGCACUGACCUCAGACCCACCGCAGCUCAAAGAACCUCAGAGAAACCACCAAGGACUUUCUUCCCCUCAUCCCGCAUCCACUUUCAGCUCUGCUGCCCUCAGGGACUCUCGCCUAAUAAAGCACCCAGGGAUACAGACCAGCCGAGACGAGAAGCGCAGUCGAACCGUUCGUCCAGAUUAAACCAAACGGAAGCCCAGAAUCAGGCCACAGUGUUCGAGUCUUACGUUCGACUCUUUAAAGAGCUCGUUUUGGAAAAGGGAACCACAUGAGGGCUGUAGGAUAAUGAUUUCAGUGAUACUAACAUAGGCAUCGUCGAUUAUUGUUAUUAGUAUUGUUAUUUUUUAUUCUGCUGGUUAGCUUGCAUUGGUGGAAAGCUUUUGAGAGCUGGUAGACCGUGGCUUUUAGGAUGUAAUCUGCUAUCCUUUGUUUCUGAGGGCUGCACAUAAUCUACCAAUCAGAACGCAGCUUCUGUCUCAAACACCUCGGUAGUUAAGUGAUUACUUCAGUCUAUAGUUUUGGAACCAGCGGAGCCCAAAUUCCUGUUUGCAGUCAAGAUCGGACGAUGUUCCAUCAUCCGUUUUGUUUUGUCUUUGCCGCCGAUGGUCACAUGACUACCGCUUGCGGAACUUCUCGCCGCCGUUGCCCGGAUUUGUCCGACUCCUAGCCGUUUCAUCCUGACCCUGCGAUCAUUCAAAGGCUCCGUAUCGAACCCAGCCACAGAUGGAACGCUCUGUCCUGUUGGGUCGUCCAGCCAAUCAGAGUAAGGGCUCAUGAACAUGCGUGAGCGCGCCCGCACCUCUCUCUAAAGUCUGCAGACUCAGCGGCGCACCGAUGGAUGCCAAGCUUCGCGACGACCUGUUCCGCAGGUACGCGGCCUUCCUGGAGAAGCGUCUGGAGGAGGGGGUCGGGAGCGAAGGAGCGGCCGGAGCUCAGGGAGCGGUCAGAGAGGAGGCCCUGAUCACCACCGCCACCGCCCUGCUGGGGGCCUGCGACGCCGAGGGAGGGCAGCGCUUCCGCCUCAUCCGCUUCUACGACAUGGUGGACAACUCGCUGCGCACGCUGAGGGGCGCCAACCUGCGGGCGCUGGAGAGCGCCUUCGCCACGCUGGAGACCAUCUGCACCAACCUGCUGCUCUUCCCCUGGAAGAAAGAGUUUCGCUGCAUUAAGACGUUUACCGGGCCGUACGUGUACCAGCUCCAGUCGGCCCUGUGCGACCCGGACCUUCGCUCGGCCCUGCGCUCCAUGGGUUACUCCCGAGAUCAGGACCUCCAGUACGUCAACAAAGACCACGCCGGGACGGCCACCUCCUCCCAUCACCUCCGCCAGCUGGCGUUCGAGCUGCUCCUGGCGCAGGCCGAGUGCCGCCUGCUGAGGGAGCGCGGAGCGGGCGUGUCCGAACUGGAGUCCCUGGACGCCCGCAGGGGCGCCGGCGAGGAAACGGGCCGGUUGAGCGCCCGCCAGGCCGAGCCCGAGCGCACCCACCCGAGGCGCGGCGGACGCCCGUCCAAAUCGGUGGACGUGACGGACGGCGCCGGGCACUGGCACCAGACCAACAAGCCCGUCCUGAAGACCUCGCUGAGCCUCCGCAAGGAGCCGCUGUUCGUGGACGCCGAGGAGGACCUGAAGGACGAGAUCAUCCGGCCCGGGUCGUACACCCACCCCGCCGGGGACUACUUCCCCUCGCCGCUGACCGAGCCGUACUCCUACCACCUGUCUUCACUGGACGAGAUCGACCUGUACACGGAGCGCGGCAUGAGCGGCCGCCACACGCCCUCCAGGACCCCCAGCAGGGAAUCCUGGGAAUCCUGGCUGCCCAAAAGCCACGGCUUGAAGUGCCAAGGUUGCGGAUCGAGCUCGCAAACGCUGUCCUCCUGUCAGAGCUGCGACGCCAUCCUGUGCCCGGCGUGCCACUCUUCGGAUCCGGCUCCCUGCUGCGGGUUCCAGGAGUUCGCCAAGAACUCGCGCCCGCUGGACGGCUACGUCGCCGUGAAGGACAAGCUCUCGGUCUACUCGGGCUCGCACACACACGCCCACACACACCCUCACCCGCUCUCGCACUCGCACCCGCACUCGCACUCGCCGCUCCUGGACAAGCCCAUGAUCGGGACGAAGCUGUACCCCAGCAAACCCCUGGGCCUGGGCAUGGGCGUGGGCGCGUCCCCGGCGGGCGCCUCGGCGGGCGCCGGAGGCUCGCGCUGCGGCUUCUGUAACAAACCGGGCGCCUCGCACACCUGCGUGAACUGUUCCAAAAUCUCCUGCGACUCGUGCGUGGGGCUCUACAUGGGCGACGUGUGCACCCGCAAGAGCCUGCACCACAAUUUCGUGCCCAACCACCAGCUGAACUACAAAUCCAGCACCAUAUCGCACCUGGUGUAUCGGUAGGCAUCAGGGACGGAUUCACGCUCGCGCUCUCUCUCCCAGAAUGCACCGUUCCUCCUCAUUUCAGCCGCCUGGUAGAAACGUCGGCGUAUUUCCUUGGUUUUUGGUUCGUUUUUGGGGUUUUCCGCUCCCCGAUCUUCAUCCGUCGUGCGAUCUUGCUGUUCUUCCUGCUCCGUUAACCUGUCUUGGCGUUUUUUUUUUUAUAUUAAUAUU